AUGAUAACAGAGCCCCAGAUAACAGAACUUUUAGAUGUCACGGAGGAGUAUCCGAUAAGGGUGGUAGCUAUUAACGAUGGCGUUCUUUUGUCCAGAGCUUCCGCGAAGAGGCAACGACUUCCCGCAAGAGAUAAUGCUGUGUUUGAAGAUCGAAACCUUAGCAAGCAUCACGCCUUCCUUCAGUUGGAAGGCGAUUACUUGAGAAUAGUGGAUGGCGGGUCCGUCUACGGUUCUUGCGUUUUUACUAGUACAGGGCAUGAGUUUAUCAACGAUGGAGGAUUCGCAAAAGUUGACAUUUCCAAGACUCCACGGAUCAUCCUGGGGUGUGUGGUCAAGGACAUGGAUGCUCCGGCUCUGACCAAUUGCAAGUUGCAUUGGUUUAUUGUAAUUUCGAAGGGCCAACUUAUAAUGAUGAAACUGAACUCGUCGAAGAUUUACGAAGGACUUGAUCCCACCAUUCUACUACUAGAUGAAUUGCCCGUUCGAUUGGAAUACACAGCAACUAAAACCACACUUAUCGAGAAGCCUUAUUCGCAACAAAUAAUUGUAAUGGCAGACGAUCUAGAGAAAAAUCUGACAAUUUCGUCUGAUUCCGGGUCUGAGGGCGAGGAAGGUCUGGAAGGAGGGCUGCAAUAUCUCUCAGAAGAAAAGCAAUCAAGGGAUGUGGUGGAAUCUUCCGGAGAGGCCACCACGGGAAAACUUGACCAGGAUGAAGAUGACUUAGAAGAAGACAAAGAUGAAGAAGCAGACGUUGAAGGCAAUGAUGAGAUUGUUGAAGAGCAAAUAGAAGUAUCCACCACAGUCAUCGAUUGGGAAACAGAUGAAGAGAAUGAUAACACGUACAGUGAACCUAAUGAACAAGAUCCAGAGGAUGAGUCGAAGGAAUUGGAUGAUGACACUGCUCUUGACGAAGACACUAUGAACGAAGACAUUUUCUUUAUUGCGCUACAGGAGGAGAAAGUUGUCAGUAGGAAACGAGCCAGAGAAGAACAGAACGACGACGAUGAGGGCGACAAUACCAGUGAAGGAACAGAAAAGAUUAAAUCAGACAAAGUGCCCAAGAAAAAGCUGAAACGUUCCAAGAAUACCUUCAACUUCACUACUUACCAAUUGGCCAAGUUUGCGUUGUUCUGGACAGUGAUUGGCUCUGCAAGUACCUUUGCUGCUCUGGCCAAGAUAGGCUCCAGCCUUCAAUAA